AUGAUAUUUCGUUGCAUUGUGCACUUGGUAGUUUUCAUCUCGGCAGUUACUUUGUCCCAACAAUCAACACCUCCACCUGAGCAAUGUGAUUUCGACUCACCAGCCAUCAAAUCGAUGAAGCCGUCAUUCGGCGGAAUCGAUGGAUUCUACAACAUUGCCAAGGGCAUUUCAGAUGGAUUGCAGAACACACCGAACUCGAAAACUUAUAAUGAUUUAAAUAAUCUGAUCUUCCGAGGUGGAGCUGUUACCUAUGAUCAGGUCAUCACUGAUAUGGUGGUCAACCAAAUCGGUGCCAUCAUUUUCUGGAGUGUCGGAUUCGUUUUCGUAUUGGCUGCCCUUGUUCUCGGAAUCGCCACGUGUAUUUGGCAAUGCUGCUAUUCAUGUGUUCCCAAAGAAACUUCGAUCCGUUCCGAAAUCACUGGAUACGUUUACGCGUUCCUUCUCUUCACCGUUUUCUCAUUCACUCUCACCGGAUUGAUUCUUUUCAAUGUUGCCGAAUCGAAUCUGAUCGAUUCUGUGGAUGAUGGAAUGGUGUAUACAAAUCAGAUUUAUGGAGAUCUGAACAAUGUGAUUUCUAAUGGAGGUAAUCAGAUCAAUUGUGAAGUAACUGAGACAACAACUCAAACAUUCACAAACAUGAGAACUCUAAUCGGGGGAUAUUCGUCAAAUGUAGUCGAUGGAACACAGAAUGAAGUUGGAGUCACCGCAGUGAAUAAUUUCGACAACGUUGAUUUUGCAAACAAAAACCAGGCUACCGAAGUUGCAGCAAAUGCCCUAAAAGCCAGCCUUGCUAAUGUCCAUUCGAAUGAUCAAACUUGCAUGAGUAACAAGAAAACAUUGGAAGAUCAGUUUCAAACAGUAACCGUUACUCUCCAGAGCCUGACUAAUAUCGCAAAUGAAGUCCGAACUAGUCCGGAUUUGAUCGCAAUCAACACGCAGAUCGAUACAAUUAAGAACCAGAUCCAAGAACAAGCUGACAAUGCAUCGGGAUCAAUCAACACCACGCAAGCUCAAAUCAAUGAUUCGAUGUCUUCCAUAACAAAUAUGUUGGAUAACGUCCAGCAAACCAUUAACAGUGUGAUCAACUCGUUGAAAUCUGCUCAUCGUGACUUGGUUGGGUCAAGUGCAUAUUCGGCUCUGAAAAUCGGUGUCCGCCUUGUUGUCACUAUUCCAGCUUGCAUUGGGUGCUGCUUUUGUAUUCUGGCAUUUGUAGCCGUUGUGGUAUCAUUGAGAAAGCAAGACGGUCUUGCAAUCAAAUUGUCGUCUGCUGUUCUGAGUGCCUUCUACUCGACAAUAACCAUUUCAAUAAUCCUUCUUCUAUUUUCAAGUCUGGCCUUCGUUUUGGGUUGGUUCACGUCUGCCAUGUGUGUCCCAAUCUUUGAAGACGACAACUAUCAGCUCUUCCAUCUGAUGAAUCAGACGAUCGCACCAGUCAAUGGAGUUGGUAGUCCAGAUGUCAUUAAUAUUGGUAAUGUUCUUGAGUCUUGCAACGAUCCAAGCAUGACUCUCUACACUGCUAUCAAUGGUAGUACCGUAAUCUCUGCUGACUCGAUCACUAGUCAACUCAAUUUGGACCAGUAUCGUGAUCAGGCUGACGAUCAGAUCAUGCAGCAACAGAACCUGUCAUUCCCUAUGGAUCCGGCUUGGAAGCAAUUCAUAACUGACUUGAAUACAAACACGCAGGCUGCCAAACAAGCACCAUUGACAUCCUGUGGAGAUAAUGAUGCCGUUGACAAGUACAAUGCUUACAUUCAGACCCUUGACAUCUCGAAUACGAAAUCUGAAGAGUUCUAUAAUAACAUGCAAACAUUGAGUGAUCAGUCUCCUAAAACUGUAUGGGAUUACAAAUCUCCAAACAAAGUUUUCAUGUGUCGUCCACUGGUUGACAUUUACAACAAUGGAGGAUUUGUGAUGUGUGAACAGUUUGGAAAACCGAUUCAAGGAUUGUGGGCUGCUAUAGGAUUGGCUGGACUAUUCUUGUUCUUUUUGUCGAUUUUGCUACUUUUGACUUUCCGUUGGCUGAAGACACAUAGCAAAGAAACUGCUGGAAGUGGAAAAGAUAAUUUGGUUAGUUUGAGAAUAGAUCUUUCAACUUCCUUGUCCAAUUUUCAGUACGGCACAGACGGUACUCGAAAACUCGGUGAUCAGAAAAAGAGCAAGAGUUCAGAAGAAUUUGAUUUUUUUGGCAAGCCUGUAAUAAGCUCCACUUCGAAUACUGGAAGACGGCUUCCUAGAGUUCGGCCUUUCGAUAUGGAUGUUGUAGACCCGUCUGAAUAUGGCUACCAAGAAAGCACGACUGCAUCUCAUAUGCCACGUGUUCAAGUUCUUCCUGACGAAAGGCAUCCUAAUAUGUCGCCCAAUUAUUAUGACACUCAAGAAUUCGGAACAAGAAAUACCCGAUUCAAUGACAUCGAUUUAUUCGAUUAUCAGAGUAACAACGGAAGUACGCAACGCGGGCUUCGACGAAUGUGA